AUGUGCACAAGACCGUACGCCAUGCCCUCUUCAGGCCUGUCUACGAUGGCUCUUCUGCCUUUGUGCAAGUCAGCCCUCCCUGUUCCCAUUCACACACACUCACUCCCACUCACAGCCACUCGCAUCCACCCACAUCCGCCAUACAUGGCAGGCACACGUCUGUCUAUUCACCUGCGAAAGCAGGUAAAAAGGGGUAUGCGGUGGAAUGAGCACGUCUGGCCAACCGACAUCUACUCAGAGCAGUUGAAUGCCAGACAAGCCGUUGAAGCACCCGUCGAUUGGUGGGGCAUCUUCAAUGCCUCUUCAAAGAUGCUACCGAAAUUGCCCACCUCUUAUCGACUGAAAAAGGUAUCCCGACGGAUAGGGCAUUAG